CUUGGAGGGAAGGAGAGCGGUUAAUUUAAUUCCAGUUGGUGGUAGCUUGACGAUGAAGACGUGCGCAGAUUGAAAGAAUCUGCUUUGAGAGAAGUGGGCUUAGGUUUACAAGAAACAGAGAAUAGAGAGAGAAGGAAGAAGAAAGCGAUGCAGUUCCAAGCAGAUUUAUUGAUUCGUUAAUCAUCAAAUCAUCUUCCAAUGUCCAAGAUGAAGCAUCUGUUGCGCAAACUCCACAUCGGAGGAGCCGUAAACGAACACCAAAGAUUGGGCGAAACUCGUCCUUCUAAUUCUUCUUCUUCUUCUUCUUCCUCUUCCUCUUCGACUUGGUCUUCUUCGUCGUCUUCCUCGUCGGCGGCGGUUUCUUCAGUGUCUUCGUCGACAGGUUCCACAUUAACAAGGAAUAGAGUGGUUGAUUCAUCUGAGAGGACAAGUGGUGGAGCCGUACAGGCAGUUGCGUCAUCUGAUAGUUCUGCUGAUUUUAGUUUCUUUGAAGAGGAAUAUCAGGUGCAGCUUGCUUUGGCGAUCAGUGCUUCUGAUCCUGAUGGUCGUGAGGACCCGGAGGCCGUCCAGAUCAAGGCCGCGAAGCGGAUGAGUUUGGGUUGUCCUGCUUCUGUCUCUGCUGACGAAACCCUUGUUGAGUAUCUCUCUCUUCGGUAUUGGAACUUCAAUGUUGUAAAUUACGAUGAAAGAGUGAUGGAUGGAUUUUAUGAUGUCUUUGGCAUUACCUCAGACUUAAACAUGGAGGGGAAAAUGCCAUUGUUGGUAGACCUUCAAGCAACAUCCACUUCUGAGAAUAUUGAUUAUGAAGUGAUCUUAGUAAACCGAAGUGCUGAUCAUACACUACGUCAGCUCGAGAGAAGAGCAGUUAAUAUAACCUCAGAAUGCCGAACUGCAGAGCUCGGUCCUAUUUUAAGUGGUCUAGUCCAGAAGAUUGCAGAUCUUGUUGUUGGUUGCAUGGGUGGGCCAGUUGCGGAUGCUGAUGAAAUGUUAAAACGGUGGAAAGUUAGGAGUUAUGAAUUGAGAAAUUCAUUGAACACAAUUAUUCUUCCCCUUGGUUGCUUGGAUGUUGGACUUUCUCGUCACAGGGCAUUGCUCUUUAAGGUACUAGCUGAUCAGAUCAAUCUUCCAUGUAGGCUUGUGAAAGGGAGCUACUACACUGGUACAGAUGAUGGAGCAGUAAAUUUGAUUAAAAUUGAUUAUGAUAGUGAGUACAUAAUUGAUUUAAUGGGAGCUCCAGGCACCCUAAUUCCUGCAGAAAUACCUAAUUAUUGUCUUCAGAAGUCUGGUUUAGAUGAAAGGAGCUCUGUUAACAUUGCACAGAAUGUGGUGGAUUCAUGUUUUGCACUUGACAAGGGCAAUUAUCAAUCUGAAAAUCAAACAACUACAUUUGGAGGACUUCCAUCCCACCUAGAUCAUGUUUCUCAAGUUAGUUCUUUGGGUUCCAAUGAAGCGUCAGAUAUUGGCAUUCAAACAAAGAAGGAUGAUGCAAAUAUGUCUGAAAAAAAUCAAACUGAGAGAUUUGAGUAUGAAUUUGGAAAACUUCUGCCCUCCUUGCAUAGACCUCAUGAAAGUUCAUCUGGCACUGGCGGAAAAACUUCAUCUGUCCAAAAUGUAAAAGUUACAGAUGUUUCUAAGUAUGUGAUUAGUGCGGCACAGGACCCAGAAUUUGCCCAGAAACUUCAUGCUGUCUUGCUGGAGAGUGGUGCAUCACCUCCACCGGAUUUGUUUUCUGAUUUAACUCCCCAUGCCCCAGAAGAGCAUACCAUGCUUGGUCAAAACCAGACUGUGGAUGUCAACAAGAUUUCUGGUGGGGCUCAAUUCUGUCAUGAUAAAUUUUUCUUCAGCAUUGACUCAGUAAGUCAAGAUAAACAACAAACUUCGACAGGGGAGAUGGCAGGAAAAAAGAAAGAGAGUGCAACUGAUUUGGCUAACCUUACAGAUGAGAGACCAAUUCUGAAUUCAGUAACUGAUAAACCAGGUUUUGCCAGCUCAGAUCUUCAGUCUGUUGCUGGCAAAAACGUAAUCAGCCAUGGUGUUUGUUCAGCUUCUGUGGCUUCAGGCGAGGAGUUUAUGUUGGUUAACAAAGCAGUUAAUGAAAUGACUCCGGAUGGUUCUCCAGUUGUAGGCUGGCAUGCUGUUCUUAGUUCAUCUAGAACUGCAUGUGAAGAUAAAAUUCAGGAAUGUCCUGCACCAUGUGCAGUUGGCCCUUGUGAAAAGCAACGAGAAAACAUUUUUGCUGGGGAUGAGUUGAGUUCUCAAGGAAAUGUUGGAAGAGUUGUAAAUAAUGUGGAAACUACUCAAAACAAUUUUUUGCAAGAGUUUCAACCAAGUGCAAAAGAAUUGAUUGAACCAGCCAAUAAAAAUCUACUAUUAGAUGGUCGUUUUCAUGGUCAGAAAAUUAAUCCAAUUCUUGAUGAGGUUGCAGAAUGGGAGAUUUCAUGGGAGGAUCUUGAAAUUGGUGAACGAAUUGGUCUUGGUAAGCUACUUAGCAUUAUUUUUGUCUUCUUUAUCUUGAAGGAAUUGACGUUAACUUCUUUCCAACAAUAAAUCCCAUGAUUGUAAUGGAAAACAGUUAUUUAUUAUUAUAUAUGCCAUUCUUUUGAUGACAUAAACUCAGUGCCAAGUUUGCUAUUUAGUUAAAGGUCCAAGGUUCAAGAGCCUUCAUACAUCAUAUUUGGACGUUUGGGAGUAAAUAUAUAGCAUGAUUUAAGAGGUGGUCUAUCUUAUCUGCUGUUUUUUCAAAAAUCUGGACAUGUCCAGCUGUUAGACCAUCUGAAACCGAUGAUCUGCUGAUGUUUCCCCGUUUCUUUGGCAAAAUGAUAGUCCAUGGCAU